ACGGCAAGAGAAACGUGCAGUUGUUUUGAGGCAGUGCUUGUGACUUAGCGCCACAGGUUGGCUCUGCGGUACUGAUCGAUCUUGCCGAGGCUGGAGUUCAUGGUAUGUCGUUGAAAGGCAUGUGUAGAAAUUUGAACGUCGGUUCACUGGUAUUGAUUGUGUAGAGUAGUUGGAAAAAAAAAAGGGACAAAUCCAACUUAUUAAGCCGAAAUUUGGAUUAUAAUGUUGCAUCAGUGAAUACAUUAAAAAUGCGCAUUGUUCAGUGUGGCUAGAGUCGCUAAACGAUUUCUUCCUUUAGUAUGUCUGUUCUGAACCAACGACAACCCUCCCGAUUUUGUGUCAGCCCACCUCCUCACCCAUGCGCCCUUCUGCGACGGGUUUAUUAUAAAAGUUCAUGUAGGUUAGAAGUCCAAGCCGAGGACUACAGAGGAGAACGACAAAACUAUUAUAUUAAGGAAAAUGAUGAACCUGAACCUGAAAAUGAAGAAUUCAUGGAGCAUGGAAGCAUUUUGGAUAAAAACAUUAGCAAGUGUUAUUUUGUGGUCAAAGGAGCUGCUGUCAUACUGCCCCAUGAUGAGUGUGUACACUUACAUAGAAGAUACUGCACCAGUGGAGGAGGAGCAAGAGAUAUUCAGAAACAUCUACAGUCUAUGUUUUAUCUUCUUCGAGAUGGUGAUAUCCUAGAAAUUGCAGUAAGAUUAGAAAGCAUUCAUCCUGGCAGAACACGCUACCUGGUGGUGGUUUCUGGGAAAGACCAAGACAAAAAUGAUGAGAGCUGUUUGUUGGGUAUAGACUGUGGCUCAAUAACCACUAUAGGGCUUGUGUUACCUUUGUUUUCUGAUACUCAAAUCACGUUGGAUGGAGAUGGGGGCUUUAGUGUUAGUUCUGGUGGGAGACAACACAUCUUCAAACCUGUGUCAGUCCAAGCCAUGUGGUCAGCUCUUCAGACACUUCACAAGGUUAGCGACAAAGCCAGAGCCUAUAACUAUUUCACAUGUGGAGGAACACACCAGUGGAUUGAGUAUUAUGAACAACGUAUUCAGUCAGAUCAAUCCUGCCUGAACGAAUGGCAUAUUAUGGGAGAUCUGCAGUCCAAAAGGCCAUUAUGUAUUGAUGAAGCAGGCUUCACACCAACAGAAAAGGAAGAAACCCAGAAGGUGAUUCGUGGGAAACUGAAGGAAAUCAUGAUGUCUGUGGAUCUAGAGGAAGUUACUAGUAAAUAUAUUCGUAAAAAAUUGGAAGAAGAAAUGGGGCAGAAAUUGAAUAAGUAUAAAUCAUAUAUUGACCAGGAAAUGUUAACAAUCUUAGGCCAGAUGGAUGCUCCCACUGAGAUAUUUGAUUACCUGUAUCUUGGCUCUGAAUGGAAUGCAUCAAACUUGGAGGAGCUGAGAAACAAAGGGGUCGGGCACAUACUGAAUGUCACUAGAGAGAUUGACAACUUUUUUCCUGGAAUGUUUGACUACUUCAACAUCAGAGUGUAUGAUGAGGAGAGCACAGACAUGCUGCCAUACUGGGAUAAAACCUUUCGCUACAUCAGAAAGGCCAAAAAUCAGGGAUCUAAAGUGCUAGUGCACUGUAAGAUGGGGAUCAGCCGGUCAGCAUCUGUUGUGAUAGCUUAUGCAAUGAAAGCUUACGACUGGAACCUUAAACAAGCCAUAGAAUAUGUCAAGAACAAGAGAAACUGUAUAAAGCCAAACAGUGGUUUUAUGAAACAACUAGAAAUCUAUGAAGGAAUCCUUGAUGCAAGCAAGCAAAGACACAACAGUUUGUGGCGGUCAAAGUCUGAAACAAAUCUCAAGCCUCCAGAACAAAGCAAAUAUCCUGGCAAAAAGGAUAUCUGUGGUGAAACUUAUGCACCAAAGCAAAUACCAUCCUUUUUAACGAUUCCUGGAAUCAUGUGUCGUCCUAAGUCUUGGUCUCCUGAUGAUGGUAGUGCUGAUAUUUUUCUACCAUUUAACACAGAAAAUCAGGGACAGUCUGAAGAUGACUGGACUAAAAGACGCAGAUUGGAUACUGAUCCUUUGUGCUAUGGAGAUGUGAACCAGUCAAAUGGGGAUCUUCUUAAAGUUCCACCCACAUGUUUGCCUAAAGUGUCUUCCAUAAAAGACAGGAUCAAUGAAUUGGUAUCCCAUGUUUCCUCCUCUUUGGAUCCUCCUAAAUUGGAUGUUCCAAGCAGAUCUGGCCUUGUACUUAAUCUUGCCACACAGUUUGAAAGCUGUUCUAAAUCCAACUCUCCUGUGGAUGAGGGAAUUACUUUCACAGUCCCUGUAGAGGAUGUUGAAGCUGUAGUUUCCCAGACCAAACCUCUGGUUCCAAAACAUCAGGCUGUUCUUAUAAAACCAGGACCAUGGGAUGUUGUUUCUAACCAACACAUGCUAACAAUUUCUGAUGAAGAGAUGAAGUCAGUGGAAAGACAGGCAUUCAAAUCUGAAUCUUCUGACCAGUUAUCUCAGCAGAGUGAAGCAGAUUGCAAUGAGGUAUUCAGUUCUAACUCAAGAGAGUCAGUUGUUUUAACACCUGGAAAUGUAAAAAAACAAAAGGAAGAAUUUGAAAUUCGAACUCAACUACUUCGAAGUUCCUCCAAAAAACAUUCAGAUAUUUUACCCAGCAAAAUUAAUACUCCAUACACAAAAGCUAGUCAUGCCAGUCCAGAAGUUGUGUCAUUGACAGGUAGUCCAGCAGGAGAAAAUAGAGUCUUUCUUUGGUCCAGACAGAGUUCCUUUACUUCAACUGAUAGUCAGUCUUCCUUAUCAUCACCAUCACUGUACAAAGACUGCACUAAUGCGGCAAAUGAUCAGAAAAGUAGAUUCCUGUAUGACAAAGAGAGCAUCCCUUGGAUGCCUGGAACUGUUCAACGAACCAAACAGGAGAUUGAAAAAAAGAAUCCUGAAACUAGUGAAGGUUGCAUUUCUCACUCAGCUCCUACCACACCCUCGGCAUCUAUACAUGUCCAACGGUCUCAAAGCUUGAGGUAUGACAAGAGAUCUCUGUCCACAAUGUUUCCUGAGAGGUAUCCUUUAUCAGUUGCUGGGAAGUCACAGAAGAGUGCAAAUGAAGCUGAGGAUCUAUGUUCUUGCAAUAACCUCCAACAACAAGAGAUGUGUCACAGUAUCAGUAUGCCAUCAGUGGUAGAGAUUGUUACAGAGUCUACCAACAGGACUCCAAACAUUGUAAAUAGUGCCAUACAAAAACCUUUACAGAUGGUGCAAGAUGAAAGUAAUGUGGCUGUUUCACCAAAACCAAUUAAUCAUGAAGAUGAUAUCUCUUUACUCUCUAGAAAUCUGAUUAACUCCUCAGUUGCAAAUAAGAAUACCAUAGAAUUUGGAAAAUAUGUUUCUGAGUGUGUCAGUCCUUUAAUAUAUGGAGUUGUGCAUCAGUAUCAAGCAGCAAGAUAUCUAGAUGGUGAUGAUGAUGAUGAUAUACAAAUGGAAGCUGAAGAAAACCACAAUGGAGUUGUAAAAAGAAUUACUCUGGAACUCGAAACUAAGUCCAGUUUAGGACAGGUCAAGAAUCAACCACAAGAGCAUCAGGUGUCUGAAAAAGAUACAUACAGUUCAAUGGAGAGGUCCAUCAGUCUCCCAUCAUCACCAGAUGUUGAGAACAAACGUAUUUUAUCAAAUCAUAAGGCUUGUUCAGUGCUAAACUCAAGUUGCAAAAAUUCCUUUGUUUCUUUAAAAUCUCCAAACUGCCUCUCUUUUUCACCAUCUAAACUUUUUUGCAAACCCAAGUUAAAUACAGGUCUUUUACAGAGGGGUGGUGCACCCAGUAUGCCUAAUCUGUCAUUCAAAUCAUAGUACAGUGAAAAAACAGGGUUCCAAAAAUCUAGGAACAAAUUGUUUAAGAAAUGUUGCACAUUUAUCAAACAUUAACUUCCACAACAAGACUUUGUACAUUUUCAAAAAAGAAAAUAUCUUGAAAACCUUAUCUGGCUAACUUUUAAGCUCUUCCAACUAAAAUUCAUGAACUUAACAUGUUUCCUAGUCUCUUGCCCGAGAUGCCAAGGAAAAAAUGCAGCCAUUCUCUGAAUAGACAGAGUCCCCUUCAAAAUUGUUUGAUCUGGUAGUCAGUUUCUUCUGUAUAUGAUUGUGAAUAUUGUAAAUAAGAUAAGUUUAUUUGUACCAAGCACGAGAAUUAUCUUAAGAUCUCUUUUCAGAAAAUAUUGAAAUAUUUUCAUUAGCUCAUCUACUUAAACAAGUUUGGCACAAUUUUUGUAAAGUUAAAACUCGAAUAGGAGAAGUAAAGUGUACGUUAAAUAAAUGAUAGUUAUUGUGUGAAUCUUUGAAAAUUUCUUCUUCAAGUUUGAUCUUGUAAUAUUUAUUAAGUCAUGAAGUUCCCUGUUGAAAAGAAUUUAAUAUACAAGGAAAAGAAAAUAGAUGUGCAUUUUGAAUGAAAUGGUAUACGUAAAGGUUUCAAAAUGUCAUUAUUUAUGUGAAAAUGAGGGUCAUUGAAUGAAUAAAAUGUUUUUUUUCUUA